UUUUGUGGUGAUGGUGAUGUGAGAAAUGGGUGGCUUUUGUUAGCGGAUUUAUAGUUUUAAAAUUCGAUAAAUGUGUUUUAGGACGAUCUCGUGAGUGAUAUAAUAAGGCUAUCGGUGUUCGUGGUGGAUUAGUGGUGGUUAAUGAAGUUCGAGCGUAGAAAACCCAAUUUGUAAGGAGGACCUACGCAGGCCUACCAGCCCCUGUCCGAUAUUUCAUUCGCAAGGGUGUUAGCAAGAAAUGUGAUAAAUGUUAGAAUUUCAUGAACAUCUAUGAAAUAAAUCAGCGCAGAUAGAAAUGAGUGGACGUCCUAGAACUACGUCCUUUGCAGAGGGUAACAAGCAACCUCCCAAUCCUCCAUUAGGGGGCAUGAAAAUAAGUAGUAAGGAUGGCAGUAAGGUGACGACAGUGGUGGCGACUCCAGGGCAAGGUCCCGACCGGCCGCUGGAAGUCUCAUACACAGACACCAAGGUCAUCGGCAACGGCAGCUUCGGAGUUGUCUACCAAGCCAAGCUGUGCGACUCCAGCGAGAUGGUCGCUAUCAAGAAGGUACUCCAGGACAAGAGGUUCAAGAACCGAGAGCUUCAAAUAAUGAGGCGUUUAGAACACUGUAACAUAGUAAAACUUAAAUAUUUCUUCUAUUCAAGUGGAGACAAGAAGGACGAGGUUUAUUUGAACUUAGUGUUGGAAUACAUCCCAGAGACUGUUUAUAAAGUGGCGAGGCAUUAUAGUAAAUCCAAACAGACUAUACCUACUAGUUUUAUAAAGUUGUACAUGUAUCAACUGUUCCGGAGCCUGGCGUACAUCCACUCGUUAGGCAUCUGCCAUCGAGACAUCAAGCCACAGAACCUAUUGCUGGACCCAGAGACAGGUGUACUCAAGCUGUGUGACUUUGGCUCAGCCAAGCAUUUGGUCAAGGGAGAGCCUAACGUGUCAUACAUCUGCUCACGGUACUACCGAGCUCCCGAGCUCAUCUUCGGGGCUAUCGACUACACUACCAAGAUUGACGUGUGGAGUGCGGGCUGUGUGUUGGCUGAGCUGUUGCUAGGACAACCCAUCUUCCCUGGAGACUCUGGUGUGGACCAGCUGGUUGAGAUCAUCAAAGUGCUUGGCACACCUACACGGGAGCAGAUACGCGAGAUGAACCCAAAUUACACAGAGUUCAAGUUCCCUCAGAUAAAGUCACACCCAUGGCAGAAGUUCUUGCUCCAGCAAAUGUCUGUUCCGAAAUGUACAACUGACCACCAAAAGAUAAGAGUGUUCAGAGCCAGGACACCUGCAGAGGCUAUUGACCUGGUGUCUCGGCUGCUAGAGUACACGCCCUCCUCACGUAUCUCCCCACUGCAAGCCUGCGCCCACAACUUCUUUGACGAGCUGCGCGAACCCAACACCCGGUUGCCCAACGGCCGGCCCCUGCCUCCUCUCUUCAACUUUACAGAGACAGAGUUGAACAUACAGCCUUCACUCAACUCGGUGCUGCUGCCUCGCCACGCCAACACCGCGGAGGGUGGAGGCAGUGGAGGGGGGAGUGGUAGUGCAGAGGGGGCCGGAGGGUCACAGGUACCCUCAGACCCAGCACCUACCCCUGACCCUGCCAGUCAGGCCAGCCAGCCCUCGGCAGACAUGGCUUGAACAUUAUACAAGUGAGGCAGGUGAUGGUGACCAAACCUGGACGGGAAGAGUCGUUCGCUUCAGCUCAUCUUCUCCGACUCGUUACACAAUUGUACAGAUUUUAAAUCUUCUCCGAUUGAGUUAUAUUUUUUGUACCGGCAUUGUUUUCACCAUAUUAAGUUCUUAUUCUUUUUAAAGAAUAGACUAUGUUCGACGUGUAUUUUAUUUAUUUGUAUUAUUUUGGCAUUACAUAAAUUUUAUUUACGGGAUUAUACUGCGUAAUAUUAUUUGUACGACUUUUUUAAUGCCCAACCUUCUUUUGUUAUUUCAUUGUUCUUGUCAAAGUGUGAUUUCUUAGAUGCCUGGCUUGUACUAUUCCUAGACCGUCUAGUUGGUUUAGUUCAUUUCUCAGUCUGAUGAGCUUUACAUGUAUUUCUGUGAUCAUGACAUGCGGUUUUUCUCAAGUGCAAUAGAGUCGAAUUCUACAUUUGUUUUCAUUCAAAACUAGAGGCAUCCUAUUGAUUUUUGUUUUAAAAGCCUUACUGCAAGUACUAAAACGUACAAGAAUUGAACAAACAUUCUGGUAGACUUUUUAUGUCAUAGAUAUUCUUUGAAUUGCAUUAAAAUUGAGUAUUAAUCUUUUAACUUGGUUUUUGAUCCGCCGGGACCAAAAAUGUAACCCUUUAAGUAAUGUAAUUACUUAUUUAAGUUUUGUUAUGUUAUAAAAACCAUUUGAAUUAUAUAUUUAUGCUUUUAAAUUGACAGAUUAUCAGUUUGUUAGUAAGGAACAUUUUUAAAUUUGUGAAUAUUUUAUUAAUAUUUUAGUUAAAAAUAUUUUUAUGGAUUUUUUUGUAAAUAAGGAAGCAGUUUUACCUUUUAUAAAUAGGCAAUAUUAUUAGGGCCUACUGAAAGUAGCUAUUAUGAGUUUUAUUACAUUUAAUUUGUUGUUCAUUUUAUUGUUAGUACAGAUGUAUUUUUUAAGCUUUAAAUUAUCAUCAUUAUUUUUAUUUAAACCCAAGCACGGAUGGAUAUUGCCUUUGAUUUAUAUAUUGUACAGUGUAUUUGUUUAGCAUGCUUAUUAUUGAUUUCAAUUUUUCAAAUGGUAUUUUGUAGUUGUACACAUGAAAAGAUUGUCAUUUGUACAUUUAUUGACGGUAAUAAAAAUAUCCUUCAAUUUGAAUAGAUUGAGGAAUACUCAAAAGUAAUUUGUUGAAAUUCUAGUUAAAAGGUUAAUAUAAGUCACUACUUUAUGAGAUGGGAGUUUGCACAUGGGCAAUGUGAGGGAGAACAGAUAAAUGGUGAAUUUUGACCUCUUCAGAGGUGCUGUAGAUAAUAGGGAUGCUUAUUUGUUGUGCUUUAGCCUCUCCAUCUAUGUUAGAACAAAUUUCUAUAUUAUAUAACGAUACUCGCUAGGGACCUAGUAUAAACCCUACUUAGGCGACACAGAUAUCUGAAAUGCACCGUAGGAUCAUGUUGUGUUCACAUAUCAUAUUGAUUGGCGAAUAAACAACCUAAUGGCUCA